AUGGGGACCAUGACUGUCAAUGAGUACUACUCUAAGUUUAUAGAGUUAAUGAGGUUUGCACCUGAAAUGGUUCCAACUGAAGUUUUGAAGGCUCAACGAUUUGAGCAAGGGUUGACCUUGUCCAUUCAAGGGAAAUUGGGAGGGGCUAACUUUAAUAGCCUUGAAGAAGUGUAUGGGAGAGCUGCCCAUCUAUUCGGGAUCAAAGGAAGAGAGCUGGAAGUGAAUCCUGGAGAUAAAAGGAAAGGGUCUAGUAAUGGGUUUCAAGGUGGAGAUAAGCGUCAAAAGAUUAAUGGAGGAUUCAAGCAAGGAAAGGAUGAUAAGAGUAAUGGGAAUAACAACAAUCGUAGUCAAUCUGAAAAUGGAAAGUCCAAGAGAGUCUACUACUGCAAAAGAUGUCCAAGAAACCACCCAGGAAGGGACUGUGAAGGAAAUCUGGUAACUUGUAGGAUUUGUAGCAAGUUAGGCCAUAGAGAAUAUGAGUGCUUCCAGAAAGACUCAGCAUCAGCAAAUCCUAAGCCAACCCAGAAUCAGGGAGGUAAUAGGAACAAAGGACUCCAACAGAAAGUGGUGACCCAUAAUCGUGUUCCUCCUAAGAAUGGGAACGGAGGAGACAAUCAGGCUAAGACAAAUAAUCAAGGUCGAGUGUUUGUCAUGAGCAAUCGUGAGGCUGAAACGACUGCGGGCGUAGUGACUGGAGCUUCUCACUCUUUUAUUUCCAAAACCUUAGUGGAGAAACUUAAGUUGGGAAAACCCGAACUUAUAAGCAUGGAUAUAGUCAUACCUUCUGGAGAUGUCAUUAACGUUUCUAAGCUAUAUAGAGAUGUUUUAGUGACUAUAGCAGGGGUAGAAUUUCCUUCAGACUUAAUUGAAUUCGAGUUAGAUGACCUAGAUAUUGUUAUGGGAAUGGAUUGGUUGGAAAAAUUCAAAGCCCAAAUAGACUGCAGAGCCCAAAAAGUGACGUUGAAAGGCCCAAAAGGAGUCAAAGUAACCUAUAGAAAAAUCAGUCAGAAGCCCAGUCCAAGAAUGAUUUCUGCUAUGCAACUCAAGAACUAUAUAAGAAAGGGGUAUCCAUUGUACUUGUGUAGUAUACAAAAGUUGGGAGUAGAAGGAGAAAAGAUGGAGAAUAUUCCUAUAGUGAAUGAAUUCAUGGAUGUCUUUCCAGAAGAAAUCCCUGGAAUGCCUCCAAUAAGGGAGGUGGAGUUCACCAUAGACCUAAUGCCUGGAACUGGCCCAAUAUCUAAAGCACCAUAUCGUAUGGCUCCAGCUGAAAUGAAUGAGCUUAAGACCCAAUUAGAAGAGUUAUUAGAGAAGGGCUACGUAAGGCCCAGUGUAUCCCCAUGGGGUGCGCCUGUAUUGUUUGUAAAGAAGAAGGAUGGUAGUCUAAGGUUGUGCAUUGACUACCGGUAUCAUCAGUUAAGAAUUGCUGAUAAGGACAUUGCUAAGACCGUUUUAGGACACGUUAUGGCCAUUAUGAGUUUACAGUAA